AUGGCAUUUGUUGUCAAAAUUCUCUUCCUGUCAGCGCUAGUGUACAGCACUAAUGCCGGAUAUUUAAAUGGCCAGCACCAAAGCCCUGACUCAUUCCUGUCAUCUGCGUUAAAUGCACCUUCAGCUUCGUUCGCACCUUCAUCGACAUAUGGAGCACCACAUGGAGGAAGUGGCCCUCAUCACAUUGAAGAGUCAGUAGGAGAUGACCAUGGUCCAGUUCUCUCUGGAGCAUCUCUUCCUGGAAUAGGCUCUAUUGGUGGAUCCGGUGGAUUCGGCGGUCACUCUCUCGGUGGUGGUCACUCUCUCGGUGGUGGUCAUGGAUCUGGACACAGCUCUGGACAUGGUCCCAGCCCAGUAUAUGGACCACCCGGCCAUGGAUCCGGACUCGGCUCUGGUCAUGGUCCCAGCCCAGUAUAUGGACCACCUGGCCAUGGAUCUGGACUCUCUGGCCCUGGAUACGGUUCUCUUUCAUCCGACCUCUCAGUUCCCGGACCAUCUGGCAACGGAUACUCUGAGGGUAGCCUCCUUCUCGACUCGAAUCUGCCUGGACCUGGUGACAAUAGUGGUAGCGGUCUUGGCCCUGCAACUCUUGGAGCCCCGAGAGUCAUUGGAACAACAGUCAGCGUCGGCCGCCCAGUGGCUUCCGCGACCAGAUACGAGUUGCAAUCUGUUGUGCAAAAUGUCGUUCGUCGUAUCCCUGUUGAGGUGACUCGUCACAUCCAGCUCGCCGUGCCACAGCCUGUACCUGUGCCCGUCCGUCAAGAGGUCAAAGUACCCGUGCCACAGCCCUACCCAGUCCACGUUGACGUUGUGAAGCACGUCCCCUACCCCGUAUACAAGACUGAGCACGUGAGCGUUGAGAGACCAGUGCCCGUUGAGGUCGUCAAAGAAGUCCCAGUUGAGGUCAUCAAGAAGGUGCACAUCCCUAUUGACAGGCCGUACGAAGUAAUCAAGAAGAUCCACGUGCCCAUUGAGAAGCACGUGGAGGUUCCCGUCGCCGUGUGGAAGCCCUACCCACUCCACAUCAUCAAGCACGUCACCCACUACAAAAAGAAGAGCUGCUGCUGGUAA